GAUUGUUUUAGCUCCUGGUCCUUUAAGAAUAUAGAGACAGAGAUUUCAGCCUACAGCGGCACCCUCCCUGAGUAAUAGCCGACUUGGACAACUACUCGGGACUCCCUACGCGUCGACUAGGCUUAUAAGAAUAGGCUCCCCUCACAAAUAAUGGGCUAACAUUAUAAGAAUGGGCUCCCCUCACAAAUAAUGGGGUUGAAUAAGCUUUUAAAUGAGCUCUACAACAAAGGCCGGCACGAUGGAAAGCGGAUUUCUCUUUUAUAUAAUGUUAACAAUUUCAACAAAAUAAGAAAUUGGGAAUUCUAUCGGGAUGAGGUUGAAUUAUACUAUUAUGGAUCGCGGGGUGGGGAAGAGGAAUCGACGAAGAAUCCAGGAAAGAGCCGUGAAGGAAAAGCGUGACGAGUCAAUUCUUGUCUUGCUUGAAAUGUUAGAAGGAGCUAAAUCAAUAGGUGCCGGAGCUGCUACAAUUGCUUCAGCCGGAGCUGCUGUCGGUAUUGGAAACGUCCUCAGUUCCUCGAUCAAUUCUGUGGCGCGAAAUCCAUCAUUGGCUAAACAAUUAUUUGGUUAUGCCAUUUUGGGCUUUGCUCUCACCGAAGCUAUUGCAUCGUUUGCCCUAAUGAUGGCCUUUCUGAUCUCAUUCGUAUUCCGAUCGCAAAAACAAUGUCUUUGGUGAUAUUUGGAUUUAGUAGGAGCUAGAGAUUGUAGAAUUUUCGAAUAUUAGAGUGGUGGGUGGGUGGU